GCCUUAUCAAAGUUUACUUCAGUUAGCCGGCAAGGUUUCUUAUAAAAGAACUUUUUUACAAAAACGGAACUAUGCAGUAGUUAGUUAUACCACUGAUAUUUAUACUCAUUUGAAAAGAAAUCCGAAUUUUAAAGAACUUUCGCAAAAUGACAUCAAAUUUUUUCAAUCAAUUUUAUCACCCAGUGAAUUAAUUGUAGACAAUGGUAAUAAUCAAGAUGAUUUAUUACCUUAUAAUACCGAUUGGAUGAAAAAAUAUAGAGGAAAAUCAAAAUUAAUAGCAAAACCUAAGACUACUGAACAAAUUGCAAAGCUAGUCAAGUAUUGUAAUGAAAAAAAAUUGGCUAUCGUACCUCAAGGUGGAAAUACUGGUCUUGUUGGUGGUGGUGUACCAGUAUUUGAUGAAAUUAUUAUUAGUACCAAUAAUCUAAAUAAAAUAAGAGAUUUUGAUCCUAUAUCUGGUACUCUCGUAUGUGAUUCUGGUUGUAUUCUUGAGGCUCUUGAUAGUUAUCUUGCUGAACGAGGUUAUAUGGUACCAUUGGAUUUAGGGGCCAAAGGCAGUUGCAAUAUUGGUGGUAAUGUUGCAACGAAUGCUGGCGGAUUGAGAUUAUUGCGGUAUGGUUCUCUACAUGGCAAUGUAUUAGGAUUGGAAGUGGUGCUUCCAAAUGGAACCAUAUUAGAUAAUCUUUCUACACUUCGUAAAGAUAAUACUGGUAGGAUAUGGAUAUUUGAUACUAUUGUGUGCUAUGAUCUUAAACAGUUAUUCAUCGGCUCAGAAGGUACGCUGGGUAUAAUUACUGGGGUUUCAAUUUUAACACCAAGGCGUCCCAAGUCGGUUAACGUUGCUGUAUUUUGCUUAAACUCUUUUCAAAAUGUUCAAGAAGCAUUUAUCAUAUCCAAAGGAGAGUUAACGGAAAUUUUAUCAGGUGUUGAAUAUGAAGUUCUUAAAAUUUCUUUUGAAUUUUGGGAUAUUCAUUCGCUUAGACUGGUAAAAAAUCAUCUCUUUCAAGAAACAAAAUUUCCUUUAGAAGACAAAUACCCUUUUUACGUUUUAGUUGAGACUAGUGGUUCCAAUAAGGAUCACAACGAAGAAAAACUUCACAAUUUUAUGGAAAUUUUAAUGGAAAAAGGAGUUGUCGAAGAUGGUGUUGUCGCACAAGACAAUACACAACUUCAAAAUCUAUGGUCAAUUAGAGAAGGGAUACCUGAAGCUGGUAGUAAGUCUGGUUCUGUAUAUAAAUAUGAUCUAUCUAUACCAGUGCCAGUUUUCUACAACAUAGUCGAAGAUGUAAGCAAGAAGUUAAAGGAUGCUGGUGUAUUUGGCAAGGAUAAACUUGUAACGGAUGUUAUGGGGUAUGGUCACAUUGGUGAUGGUAAUAUACACUUAAAUAUCGUUGCAAAAUCAUACACCCAUGAGAUAACCAAAUUGUUAGAGCCUUAUAUCUACGAAUGGACAGAAAAACACAAAGGAUCUAUAUCAGCAGAGCAUGGUUUAGGUCUAAUGAAAGCUGAUUGUAUAGGAUAUUCUAAAUCGCAGAAAAUGAUCAACAUUAUGAAGCAGAUAAAACAAAGUAUUGAUCCAAACGUCUCAAUUGGCAGUGAAACCAUACAAAAUCCUGCUAUUGAGAAAAGGAUAGCUGACACGUAUAUUGGUACUACCAAGCUUAUUGAUAAAAGAUUACCCGUGAUUACUGGAGCCAUUAUACCAGUUCUACAAAUAAAUAUAUAG